CACUUGUGAAAGUCAGUGCAGCUCCAGUCUGUGAAUCUCCUGUUCCUCAGCAGGAGGAACAGCUGCUGCCGUUCACACACAGCACGCUGUGACAGCUCUCAGCAACGGCGCGGAAACGUGCCGGCAUGGAGAUGAUUCUCGCGCCAACUCGCAGAGUGUCGUUUCGCCUGUGACACCAGAGACGGGCAGAGGUGCCACUCCGUGACAGCUCGGGUCGGCCUGUGUGUAGCGGUGUGCUACCUGGAGCCCUGCCAGAUCGGACAACUGUAGCUCUCUCCUCAUUCUUGGCGGAAGAACGCCACCGCCCGUACCAGCCUGGUCAUCCUCUCUGGAUGUUGAGGGGAUCCACGGGGGUGUAAGCUGGAGUCUGGUCCAGGCGGAGGGCCAGCACGGAGGGGGCACCCCCCAGUCAAACGGACCGAGUGAGACAGAGACAAAGACAGCCCAGGGGACAGGAUGCAGGUCUCCUUCGCCUGCACGGAGCACAACCUGAAGAGCCGCAGUGAGGACCGGCUCUGUGGCCUCCGCACUGCCCCCCCACCUGGGGGAGGAGGGGGUGGUGGGGGCGGGAGUGGAAGCGGGAGUGGGGGCGGGGCCGGUGGUGGUGGACAAGGAGGAAAUGGGCCUCUUGUAUUGGCCAAGCCCAGAGAGGCAGCAGCCGCACGUGCCCCGCCCCAGGGCCACGCCCACAUGAAGGAGGCCAUUGGGCGGCACAGCAGCAUGAAGUACAGGAACCUGGGGAAAUCGGGUCUGCGUGUGUCCUGCCUCGGUCUGGGUACAUGGGUAACAUUUGGGUCGCAGAUUUCAGAUGAGAUGGCUGAGAGCUUGAUGACCAUUGCAUAUGAAAAUGGUGUGAACCUGUUUGACACAGCUGAGGUUUACGCCUCGGGCAGGGCUGAAAUCACUCUGGGCAAUAUUAUCAAAAAGAAGGGAUGGAGGCGUUCCAGCUACGUGAUCACCACCAAGAUCUACUGGGGAGGGCAGGCGGAGACGGAGAGAGGUUUGUCCAGAAAGCACAUCAUAGAAGGUCUGCGGGGGUCUCUCUCCAGACUGCAGCUGGACUAUGUGGACAUUGUCUUUGCCAACCGUACAGACGUCAACAGUCCCAUGGAAGAGGUGGUGCGUGCCAUGACCUUUGUGAUUAACCAGGGCCUGGCGAUGUAUUGGGGCACUUCUCGCUGGAGUGCCAUGGAGAUCAUGGAGGCGUACUCUGUGGCACGUCAAUUCAACCUGAUCCCACCGGUGUGUGAGCAGGCGGAAUACCACUACUUCCAGAGGGAUAAGGUGGAGGUGCAGCUGCCAGAGCUCUACCACAAGAUAGGUGUGGGAGCAAUGACCUGGUCUCCGCUGGCAUGCGGGCUGAUCACCGGAAAGUACAACGAUGGCAUCCCUGACUGCUCCCGAGCGGCCAUGAAGGGCUAUCAUUGGCUGAAAGAACGUGUGACAAGCGAGGAGGGGCGGAGACAGCUGGCCAAAAUCAAAGAGCUCCACCUGCUGGCUGAUCGGCUUGGUUGCACUGCGGCUCAGCUGGCCAUCGCCUGGUGUUUGCGCAGUGAAGGAGUGAGUUCUGUUCUUCUUGGUGUGUCCAACACUGACCAGCUGGUGGAGAACCUGGGUGCCCUACGGGUUCUGUCCCAGAUGACCCCUCAGACAGUCAGUGAGAUAGACUCUCUCCUGGGGAACAAGCCGCACUCUAAGAAAGAAUCCCGUGCGUGAGGAGGGAGAGACUGAGGGGCGGAUGCCAUUAGAGAGAGAGAGGGAGAGAGGGAGAGAGAGAGAGAGAGGGAGAGAGGUGCAGCUGCUUCUCCCUCACGUAUAACCUUGCACUCGCAUGUCUUCACGCCGCCACGCUUCCUGUGUUUCUCUGCACAUCUCAGCUUUACCUCUUUAUGUGAAUGCAGACAAUGAAAGCUAAACCUUACACUUAAAAAUGGAGUUCUUUUUAAAAAGAUAAACAACAGCAACAGCAGAAGUAGCAGGACUGUUACGUAUCAAAAGAAAAAAGGAAAACUGGGCUGAAGUCUCGCACGGGGAGGAGAAGACGAGCGAAAGUGGAGAGAUGAGAGACCUGUCCUGUAGGAGGAAGACGAGGAGAUGAGGGGUGAGAGAGAAGGAGACCGGGGAGAAUCUGAUGAACGGAUGGAUGGGGCAGCUACUCCCAGCAGCUCCCACGUCUCCCUGUCUCUCUCGCUCUCUCUCUUUCCUGGACAGCAGUGGCUGACAGUAGGUUUGGCCUAAAGUGUCAGAAAGUUCACAUGGCUCAGCGACUGGACUUAUUUCUCACCCUGGACUGAGCACCAGUCCACCGCAGGGUCACUUCUCCUGGUCUGUCUUUGUGGUACUGAGAGCCAGGUAGAGGGAGGGUGGGAGUGUCAAUGUGAUGUCACACAAGGUGCUCAGUCUGCCAUGCUCCAGUAAGUAUACACCUGUCUUAAUUGAUAAUGUUCAGCAAUGUAAGAUAUGUAAGGUAAGGGGACGAGAGAGUGAGCCAAGUGAAUAUAUAUAAAUUAGGCAGUCCAAACAGACGAAGAGGGGCAGUGAGUUCCAAGAUCUCAGCCUCUACAGUCCUCCUGUUGUGCUGACUCAGUGUGCAGAAACUGUGUGCAUGUCCCUUUAAGAAAGACUCAGCCAAUCAGUAAACAAAUACUAGUGCAGCAUGAUAUUGAUGCACGGUGUUGGUGUUGAUCAUUUUUUUGGAAAAAAUGUGCAGAUUUAGAAAGAGGGUCAGGUGGACUGAUCCUGGAUCAGAGCUUUACCGGAGACUCUCUGCACCAGAGCUCUGCUGUUCCUUUUCUUUUUUCUCCGGAAUAUUUUCAAAGGGACGAUGACUUUGAGCUGGCUGCCACCUGUUUUUAGGACUCCUUCCACAGGAGUGACAGUUAAAAACCAGGAGACUAAGAGGAUGGUGUUUAAACCAACUUACCCUUGUGUGCUAAGGCCUGAUGCCCUGCAGAGUUAGCCAUGGGAAUCCCUGCCCUUAGCAGGCUUAUCUGCCCCAGGUUUCUCUGCCUCAUGGUGUCGCUGGGAGGUCCUUGGAUGGCAAAGAUAGUCUAUGGAAACAAAGAUGUUCCAUUCGGCCUACUUGAACACUGAACGUUCUGGUGCCUGUUGACAUAAUAACGGUGUUGAACUGAAAGAGCUCUGGUGAGGACAGUUAUGAUCAGUGUUUGUCGACAAUAAACUGGGGAAGGCAGGCUGAGUGGAGCAUCUCCACAGAACAGACCAGGUCAUCUUUGAUCAGAUGUUGGCUUCUUGCCUUGUGAAAAGGCUGUUUGAUUGAUCAGUACUACCACAGGAAGACGGGUCUCAUGAAACAGACCUCUGAAACAGAAUCAGAGGUCAGUGCAGCAAGGGUUCCUUGUGAAGCACCUGGAAUGGACCAGGAAACACAACUGGAUGGAUGUAGACCUACUGUCUGUGUAAUCAGGUGAAGUGGGCUUAUCAGUAUUGUCUUGGAGAUUGAAGAGUUUAGGGUGUUCUAAGGCAAUUUUCAAUGUAAGAUGUAGUUAGGUUACUUAUGUUGAUUGAUAUUGUAUCUCAUUUUUUUAAUUCCAGUUCAUUACGGAAUUGUGACUAUGUGUGAAAGUUGAAACAUCUUGCAGCAUGAACAACAGAAUUGUUUAAUCAUGGCUACCUUGACUACUACAUCACAAUCGUAUUUUAAAACACAGAAUAGAAUACUGUAGAUGUGAGAUGUCUCAACUUUUGACCACUGAAUGAGUCACCUGUCACCUAGGUCAAAUAUAUAUGAAGGUUUGGUCAGUGACAUUAAGGUGGAAGUAAGAAUUGUUGCUGACCCUCUUGUAAUGCUGUGGAGAUGAGGGUCUCUCCUGUCAUCCCUGUCUUUUCACUAAGUUUCAGUUACUACACAUGGGAGAAGUCUGACUCACUAACUGAUGUAAUUUAAAGUAUGGUUUAUUCUCUAACGACAGUUAACAGUCAGUUAUUUAAAUGCAAAGGGAGACCAUUGCGACAUAGGAUUGAUGAUUGAGUGGACAGCUCCAUAGACUGUGAUAAAAUGUAGGUUUUGCUACCUAAGCAGGGACACAAAAGUUGAACACAAUCUACAUCGCACACAAUAUUGACAAAGUCUUCAGUCAACACAAAACAUGUCAUUUUUCAUUUCAAUAGAUGGAUUUCCCAGAGAGUUUAGGGAAAUGUUUAUAUUGAGCUUUGAUACUAUCUUGUUGAGAUUUGUCCAGUCUUCUCCUGUCUGUAUUGGGUGUUUAGUAGGCUGGUGAGAAAAACACUUCCACGUCUUCAGUUCUUGUGCUGACAACAUUGUAACAUCACUGAUGAAACCUACAUAUUUUCGACCUAGACUGCAAUUAGCCAGAGUUACAGAGAUAACAAAGUUAUUCCUGUGACUUCAUCAAGAUAAUCUUAUGGUAUCACAGAGUUAUUUUUCGGAUAAAACUGUGAUACUAUCGCGACAUCAUUGAGUUACUCUGCCAUCACUAGGGGAAGAGGAAUGGAUGUUGUGGCUUACACAGACAUUCAGAAUCUUCAUCGGUCUUCAUAUUAAAUAAAACGUAUGAAAUUAACAAUGUUAACCACACUGCUCUUUUAAAAACUGGGCUGCUAUAAUUAGAAUCACAUCUUUCACAUUGUUAGUUGCAAGUAGCAUCAUAAUGCUGUCAUAUCUCCAAAUCUGACUUCACGUUUUAAGUCUGUUCUUAAAAAACACUCUUUUGUACUUUAUGCAUACUCAAAUUCUGCCAGGUUUGUGUGAAACAAACAGAUGUAUAUUACACCAUUUUAUUUGUACCUUCCUGAAAGAAGAUAAAGAUUGAUAGAUCUCUAUGUGUUUGAAAGUAAAAAAAAAUUCUGUUGCUUAUCAGAAAGAAAGAAAUUGUUUUAAAUAUGUUAAUUAGAUCAGAGUAAGCAUGUAAAUGGUACAUUUGGUGGAAUGGAGCCCAUACUGAAAGGAGGACUUUUAAAAAAUAGAGCCUAUGUGAUUGAUCUUUAAAGGGGGCAGUCAGGUCCCAAUCCUGCACAUGACAUCAUCCUCCCCAGACUCUUUAGACUGAGUGAACCUCAGCCCUCUGAGUGAACUGGCCCUCCUGAAGGGCAUUUUCUCUCCCAUCCCUUUAAGAACCAUUUCUGGGUACGUUUGGGUCAGGCUACAGGUGUGUUUGGGUCGGGCUCCUGGUUUACCUGAAAGCACACUGGAAAUCCUCUGCCGCUCAGACCAGGCCCUAGAGAGGGCCUCGACGUCACUGCCGCACCCUGUCAUCUGGGACUUGAGCUCACAACCUUCUGACCCAGGGACAGUGAUUAACAGAUCCAGCUACGUUGGUGAGGUACUUCCUUUAACUCUCAAAAUGAAAAUGGACUGAGAGAUUCACCUCAUGGAGAUGUGAAAACACAUUCGGACAGAUGGAUUGCAUAUGUGAGGUUUGAGUAUGUGGGGGCACUUUCUGUGAAGGAUCCUAUGUAAUAACUGCAUAAGGCCUCCAUAAGCAUGACAUAACACUUUCAUAACACACUGCCUGAAUAUUCUUAAAUACUUUUUUUCAAGUGGUAUAGACUGCCAUAAGGUGUGCUAUGUUACCAUGGAUGUCAUAAGUUAUAAUAGCAUGAUGUAUUAAAUCAGAAUCAGGGUAAUGUCAUUUAUGAAAUGUGGCAUAGCACACCCCAUGACAGGCUAUGUAAGUUCGCACAGGUGCUUAUGAAUCUUUUUGCAGUGCUUAUGAAGGCUUUGGAUACUUCUACUAUAGGACAUUCCACUGAAAGUGUUAUGAAAUGCAUUAAUGUAAUGUCUUUAACAGAAAUCUCAGCGGGAUUGACGAUCAGUUGGCCUCUGUAUAUAAACUCAUAUUGCACUCCUUAAUACUGUAACUUUGCCUGUAUAACUGUAUCAUAUGUUACUGUCCUGCAAAGAAGAAGAAAAAAAAAAAACAGUCCUGUAUUGAAUGUACCUUGCUUGCCUUUAAAAAAUUAUCAGAAAAAAUGCUCUACUUUCAUAAUGUAAUCCUUAUGUCUUUAGGUAGAUAGCUGUAGAAGAAUAAUUACUCAGAUCAAAACAAACAAUCAAAGAAAUGAAAUAUACAAAAUGAGAUAUUUUGUAGCACUCCACCCCUUUUCCUUCCAUCCUGUCCCUACCUCUUCCUCAGAUGGAAAGCCUCUGUGUGUCUGAGAAGGAUCAGUAAUAAAAUACAAGAUA